AUGGGUCGCUCUCAGGAGCUCAGUAAAUUCAAGCGUGGUACUGUGAUAGGUUGCCACCUGUGCAAUAAGUCCAUCCAUGAAAUUUCCUUGCUAUUAAAUAUUCCACGAUCAACUGUUAGAGGUAUUAUAACAAAGUGGAAGCAACUGAGAACAACAGCACUGCAUUCUGAAGCGCACAGUGUGCAGGAGUCGCCAACUGUCUGCAGAGUCAAUAGCUAAGACCUCCAAACUUCUUUCCAGUGAAGGGAACUCUUAAGGUGUCAGUAUACCAAGACAUUUUGGACAAUUUCAUGCUUCCAACUUUGUGGGAACAGUUUGGGGAUGGCUCCUUC